AUGUACUCCUCGUCGAAUUCCUUCCUCGGCGGCGGUGGUGGUGCUGGCCGUCCGGGCCAGGCCCCAUUCAUGCAGCAACAGCAGCAACAGCCCUCAUACUCGCAAUUCCCACAAGGUCAACAGCAGCCAUCAGCGCAACAGCCCCAGCCAACAGGAUUUAUGGCGCCGCAACCGACUGGAUUCGCUGGGCAACCGUCGCCGUUCGGAAACCGUCUCCAACCCCAAGCUACCGGGUUCCCCGCGGGACAGCAGCUGCAGCCUCAGUAUACUGGUUUCCCUGGCCAGCAACCACAGCAACAGCAGCAGCCACACCUGCAGCCGCAGCCAACACAACAGCCGGGAUUCCAGCAGCCCCAAUUUACUGGGUUCCCUGCCCAGCCCCAGCAACCUCAGCCUACGGCGCAACCUCAAGCGCAAGCGCCGCAAUUGCAAGUCUCUCAGGCCACCGGGCUCCCUGCGCGAUACAAAACCUCGAGCGAAAUGGCAAACUCCUUCCAAGAUACCGGUGCCUCUGGACCACCUCCACAAGUCCCGCCUAAGAGUGGAUCAAAGAUCCCCAGUAUCCGACUUUCGUUCAUUACCGCUCAGGAUCAAGCUAGAUUUGAGCAGCUUUUCAAGUCGGCGGUCGGUGACAGCAAGACAAUGGACGGCGAGAAAGCGAGGGACCUGUUGAUGCGCUCCAAGCUUUCGGGAGGUGAUCUGGCUAAGAUUUGGGUUCUGUGUGAUUCAACCAAGUCAGGCCAGCUGUUCUUCCCAGAAUUCGCAUUGGCCAUGUACCUGUGCAAUUUGCGAAUCACUGGUCGCGAAGUUCCAUCUACGCUACCUGAAACCAUCAAGAAUGAGGUUUCCAGCAUGGUUGAUAUCAUCUCCUUUGAUGUUCCCGACUCAGCGCCGGCACCGCCCCCGCGAACCAAUGUCCCCAACUUCGAGGCUCACCUCCUGGAGAACAAGUCUACGCCGCCAAUUGUCCAACAACCUCAGCCUCAGCAGCCUAGCAACGCGCAACUCUUGAAUCAACUGACUGCACAACCCACCGGAUUCUUCCCUCAGCAGACUGGUAUGCAACCCCAGCAGACCGGCAUGCCAGGACAGAAUCAAUCACAGUUCCUUCAGCCACAGCAGACUGGCUUCCUGACCAACCCUCAGCCAACUGGAUACUCGGGCCCCCGGCCUCCAAUGCCUCCAAUGCCCACUGGUUUUGCCUCGGGCCUAAGCCCUGCACAAACUGGCGGACUGGUUGCGCAGCCUACCGGCAUACCUGGACAAUGGGGUUUCAUCAACACUCCUGCACAGGGUCUGCCUAACAUUGAGGCCAUGAAGCAACAACUUAUGCCUCAACCUGGCCGUGAGGGGGGCUUUAACAUGUCCGCCCUCUCAGGUAAUGCUACUGUGGCCUGGGCGAUUACAAAGGAAGAAAAGAAGAUCUACGAUGAUCUAUUCCGCGCAUGGGACGGUAUGCGUAAGGGUUUCAUUGGCGGUGAAACCGCCAUCGAAAUUAUGGGACAAAGUGGAUUGAACCGCCAAGAUUUGGAACGUAUAUGGACACUAGCGGACCCUCACAACCGUGGUCGUCUUAACAUGGAUGAGUUUGCCGUGGGAAUGCAUUUGAUCUACCGUGCUUUGAACGGAUAUCCAGUGCCUAGUCGUUUGCCGCCAGAGCUGAUUCCCCCCUCUACAAGACAUCUUAACGACUCCAUUGGUACGGUGAAAUCACUUUUGUCCCAAGAUGCGGAGAGCCGUAAAGCCACCGGGGCGUUCUUGCAGCCGCAGAAAACAGGAGUCAGCUACCUGAAGGACCACUCCUUCCGUGGAGGUGGCGGGGCACAAUCUGGAGCUAACCGCAAGGAUGCAACUAUGUUCAAGAAUAAUGACUCUGCUGGUGGUUACCGUUCGAGUGCACGUCGCCGCGUUGGCAACGACACCCGAACACCCUCACCUGGUGCCUCUGAAGCUUCGCAAAGCGAUGAGUUUACUGUCGAUCAGCUAAAGAAGAAGAUUCGGGAGACCAAGAUCAUGCUGGAUGCAGUUGAUUUCCAGGAUGAAAACAAGGCUGAAGAUGACGACGUUCUCGAUCGUCGCGACCGCCGGGAAGCAGAGCACCUCAUGGAGCGGAUUCGCCGUGUGCAGGAUGACAUUGAUACGCACCCUCACGCCUCAUUCCGUAACCUGGACAGUGGAGCAGAGCGACGAUCACUCCGCCGCCAGCUGCAAGCCUUCGAAGAUCAAGUCCCCCAGGCCGCGUCUGAUGUUCGUCGCGUUGAGCGAGAGAUUGCCGAUGCGAAGCUCGAGCUUUUCCGUCUGAAGGAGGCUAAAUCUAACCCGAGCGGUGCUUCUAAUAUUGUCGGAACUGGCCCUGGUGGCGCCGUCACCGAGGCAGACCGUAUCAAGGCUCGCGCUCGUGCCCGUAUGCAGGCCCGUGCUGCCGAAUUGGCGGGACGCCCUGCCCCAGCGACCGAGGAGGACAAUGGCGACUCUGCUCGCCGUAUGGAGUCAGAGAGAGCCGAUGCCAACGCCGAGAAAGAGCGUAACGACACCAUGACCCGUGACGUUGAGGAAAGUGUCCGUGAUUUCACUCGAAGCUUGGCGGAUAGUAUGCGUGACGAAGGAGACAACUCUACUCGUUCGCACGAGCGACGUCGUUGGGAGGAUGCCUUGGGUGUUGAGGAUAUCAUCCGUGACUUUAUUUAUGACCUAAGUCGCACCAGCCGGACUGCGCACGUCCGCAAGGAUGAGUAUGUCCCAAAAGAUAAGAUCAAAUUAGAAACCGAGCUAACAAACUUUUACAGCCGCGAAAGAUCCACCCAGGAGGAACGUUCACAGUAUUCAUCACCAGCUGCUGAGUCUCCUGCCUCCCGUCCUUCCAUGCCAACGCCUACUGGUUCCUCAGGCUCCGUCCCCGCCAGCACCGGCAAUACGCAUGAAGAUCGUGUCGCUGCUGCUAGGGAGCGCGCCCAGAAGCGCAUUGCCGAGCGCAUGGCCGCUGCUGGCCUGAAGCCUGCCGAUGCUGGUGAAACUCUUCAGCAACGACAGGAUCGCGAGAGGAAGGAGCGUGAGGAGCGUGUCAAGCGCGCCGAGGAGGAGGAUUCCCAGCGAGAACAAGAAAGACAACGUCGUUUGGCCGAGGAGCGUGGGGUCCCUGCCCCAAGCAGCACCGCUGCCGCCCCAAAGCCUGCAGGCAAGAAACCUCCACCUGCGCCUCCGACUCGCAGAGCACGAACCGAUAGUGCCGGCCAGGCUGAUGCAAAGAAGGCCGAAGAAGCCGGUAAGGCCGAGCAUGCUGCCCGUGAGCAAGCUAUUAAGGAGGAACAAGCAGCACAGGAAAUCGAGACUCAUCGUCUUGAGGACGAGUCGAAGCAACGUGAAGCAGAAUUUGAAAAGGAGAAGGAGGCCCAAGCAGCUAGACUGCGUGCUCUCGAAGACCAAGUUCGUCAAGGCAAGGUCAAGAAGCAGGAAGAGAAGCGACGUAAGGAAGAGGCCGCUCGACAGGCCAAGGAACAAGAGGCUAGACUUGAAACCCAGCGUGCUGAGCUUAAGAUCGCUAAAGAGAGAGAGCUUGAAUUGCAACGUCAGCUCGAAGGCAUUGAUGAUAGCUCAUCUGACGAUGAAGGUCCCGAGAGUGCCUCUCCCAGAUUCAGCACUCCUCCACCUAUUCCAAUUCCAGUUGUGUCUGAGCCCGACCCCGAACCCGAGCAUGCUGUCCCGGAGCCCGAGACGGUUGUCAGUCCUGCUGUUAGCUCCCCUGAUAGCAGCCGUGCAUUCCCUGCCGUCACACCUGAUGCCGAGUCAAAGAAUCCUUACUUCAAGUCCCUCGGCCAUUCCACGGAAGCGGAAGCUGCACAAGCCGCGCAAGCUACUUCGCCGCCAGCAGCACAGUCUACCAAUCCCUUUCACCGCUUCACGCAACAAUCGCAACAGCCAGAGCCCGCAAAGCCCACCUUCACGGGUGCAGCGCCGCUUGAACGCAAGAUCCGUGCCCGUCCUGAAGAGGACGAUGACUGGUCUAACGCCGGCUCUGACGCUGAUUCAUCUGAUGAAGAGGAAGAACGCGCAGGUGGUGGCAGUGCUAAGCAACUUGCUAGCAUUCUGUUCGGUACCAUGGCACCUCCCCGUCCUUUGAGCGCGAUGGAUGAAGAGAAGGCUGGCUCCAACUCUGCUACUCCUGUACAAGAUAGUCCCGUUGCUCCCCCUCCCCCUUCAAAUGCUGCUUUCUCUCCUCCCCCUGUGCCAUCCGUCGAUUCUCCUGCUCCUCCAGGUGGCGCACCUCCACCUCCACCACCACCUCCCCCUGGCGCCCCUAUGGGUGCUCCUCCUCCCCCACCACCUCCUGGUGCUCCCAUGGCUGCUCCCCCUCCUCCACCGCCUGCUCCUGGUGCACCUGCUGCUCCACCUCCACCUCCCCCUGCGGCUGGCGGUGGUGGCGGUGGUGGUGGUGGCGGCCACUCUGCUCUGCUUGCCUCCAUCCAAGCUGGCAGAGGUCUCCGCAAAACACAGACCAACGAUCGCAGCACAAGUUCCUCGGCUGGACGUGUGCUGUAA